GGCGAAGUUUGAAAGAAAUCGAUUUUUCGACCCGAAACCCACCGGAUCUCUGUUAGGAAGACUGCGCCUAAUACUCAGCAACUAAAGGAGGCGAGCUCACUAGCAGGAACGUCGACAUAAAAAUGUUAUCCACGCUCAUUCUUUUGGCACUUUUUGAAAUAGGGUACAGUUUUAGAGAUGGCCACUGUGAUGAUAUUAACCCUCAUGAGCGGUUAGACUGCAACUUUCAUGGUAUUACAAAGCAACAGUGCGUUGACCGACAAUGUUGCUAUGACAACAGCGAUCAAGGCGCGCCCUAGUGUUUCAAAAGUAGAAAAGAUCUCGAUAACAAAUUUCAGUCCAUUGCUGUCCACAAACGUGCCAAAUGUGCAUGGAUUGGAAUAACUAAAGUAGUUAGCCAAAAGAGAGAGUGCUGUUAUGAUGACCGUGGAUAUAAAAGGGAAUCAAAAUACUGCUUUUAUCCCAGGGGCUUUCUUUUUUGUAAAUUUGUAGAUGCGUAUGACGGUCUGAUCGACUCCCUACUCAACGACGAAUAA